AUGCGUGCUUCGCGAGCCACGACGAAUGUCUUCCACGCCGGGAUUCGCAUGGAUUUGCACCGUGCAGAACGGGUGGCACGUUCUCGGCGUCACGCGCGCCAGAUGGAGCAGUGCUUUGGUCCUGCCUGGCGCUACUCCACAGCCGCUGCUGCAGCUGCCGCUUUCACUACCCAGGGGGCGACGGUGGCAACUUCUGUUAUUCACAAAGACGGUAACGAGCUUCCGGGAGAGAGGCAAGCAACGGCAGACGGUGAAGCAACAAAGCCCAAUUUUAAAGGCAAUGUAGCAUCAUCUUCUGCAAAGAUCAACACGGAAUUGCGGGAAAGGGCAGUGAAAUUGGGGCUUGUUUCCGUGGAACGUGAUGUGCCUCAUGUGGAGGCAUCAUACGAAGGUGAGUCCUCAAUCCAAGACCCUCUGUUGGAUUUUCUGGAAAAUAACGAGGAGGACGCCGCCCUUCUGCUUGCCAUGUGGACUUCACUGCGGCGCAGCUGCCUGUACGCGUCGGAGGUGUCGGAGUCCCUGUCGCUCAGUGCAAGGUGGUUUCUUCACCACCUCAUUCAUAUGCGCGCUAUCGCCGCAGCUGUACGUUUCUACCAACGAUUGCUGAUGUUAGGAGUGCAGCUGCAGAAGUGGGAUGUGGUGGUGCUGCUAAGGAGUCUGCCAUACGAGCACUCCACGACCGUGACGGAUUUGGAAUCGAAUGCGUGGAUGCAAGAGAAGCACAUGUCACAUUGGUCAAUGAAGCAGAUACGAGAGAAAAGACAAAGAGGUGAAUCCAUCAGCAGUACAAAUACCGCGAAACCCCGGGAGGGCGAGGCAUCACCUCACAUUCCUGAUAUACUGAAUGUACAGCAGGAUUCUAAGGAUGAUGUCGCUACUACUACUUCUUCUACUUAUACUGUUGCUGCCUCACCGCAAUGUGCUGUGCCCUUCACGCUCACGGGAGCACGAGAUGGCGGUACAGUCAGAGACUCUCCGAGUGUGUGUGAUAAGAAGACUUCUAUUGUUGAUACGGAGCUAUUUCGUCGGCAACCAGAUUGGGUGAAACGGUGGGCCCUGUACGAGGCCUCUAUGGGGAACAUGGACUUUUUUGACGCCAACGACGGUACACCCGCCACAGAUGUCGCUGAGUUUUCCGGUUCAUCAGUCACAGAGGGUGUGGAGUUUGACGAGGAUAUGCUGCACGCUUCACAGGAAGCAGGUCAUAUCAUUGAGGUUACCGCCUUAUUGAAUCACCUAAUGCUGCUGCAAGACGCUAGGAGAGUUGUCGUGUCACCUCACGAGCAUGCCAAGGAGAAGAGACAUCACCCUGUCAUCCGAACGCGACAGCUGCCAACAGCUGCACGGCGGCACUACUGGGCGGAGGCGCUCCAUGUGGCGACUGCGUACCUGGAUUCCAGACCACCGUCGCAGCAUGGCGCUCCGCUCCUCGCAGAUUUCCGCCACGCUAUGCAGAGAGCGGUGUCAGCGUCGGCCUCGUGGAGAAUUUCGCUUCGCUACCUACAAGCUGCCGAGCAGUUCGGUGUACAGCUGGAGGAAAGAGACUACGUAAAGUUUUUGAUUAUGGCAGUGGAGGCGGAGCCCUGGGUGAAAAACUAUUCAGUUGAACGGUUGGUGGCGCGCCAAGUUAUGCCCCAUUUCAGUAACGAAACCGCAGCUGGAUACGCUGCUCAGGCCAUUUGGCUUGGGCACAUCUGUUCUGUGAAGGCUGAUAGACCCGAGGAUUAUGUGGACCUGAUGGAGUGCCAUACAACAAAUCUUCCUGCGACUAUUAAGGAAGCCAUGGUACGCAUCAAACUCGCUGCAUCACAUCUGCGCAUUGAGGUUGACAGGUACCGUGCGGAGGUUGCGGCUCAGCGUGUGUUGGCCACUUCGGUUCGGUUGGGUUUGUUCUCCCAAGAUGGUGUUCUGACACAACAGCCACAGGGACGAGGGAUACUGACGGAACAGCCUGGCGGAAGCUCAUCACAUGAGAGGACUGGUGCCCUUCUUUCGGAGAGGCUGAAGGAUUCGUAUUUCCUGGUGUGUCUCGGUCUUCCCCGUGUUGUUGCCCUGGCAUCGAUUACUGUCGUUUCGCACGAAGAUGCACUUCAGAUUUCCGCGUUGCUUGUCGACUCGUUGUAUGGCCACGCAGGGGUGUGGGGGAUUUUCUCAGAAUUGUACAUGGCAGCAGAAGGUGACGUUUUGGCACGCCAAGCGCCAGAGCGGGGGCAUAUGGUCAUCGCAAUAGCAUUGUGUGUUUCGCGGAUUGCGCUGGCAUUGUGCGUGACGCACGUUCAGCUUUCGUCGCAGCAGCGUGGUGCGUCGUUGCUGACGUCAAAGCAGUUGAUGCUUCUUCUGGGCAUGGCGACAGAGGCAGUGGCUUCCGUCCCCUCACAUGUUGCCGGCACUGUCGAGCUGCGACAGCCCAUGGCUUCUCUGAGAAAAAGUGCCUUGAAAUUGACGAAGGCAGUUAUUUCCUUCUUGAAUUUAUCCCCAACCAGCGAGAAGCUGCUGUUUGGUUCUACCCCAGAUGGUACGUUGGAGUGCGUUGUCCUCGUGGUUCGCCUACUCUUGUUGCUGUAUGCAGACUCUGCAGCUCAACUCUUUCCGGCUGCCACGCGGUUCCGCCUAAGGGCACUCCUUCGUCCCACGAGCGGAUUGGGGAAGCAGGUGCGUCACCAACUGCGUCAGAAAGAACUGCGGCAGCUUGAACACUUGCUCUACGGACACACGAAGAGAAGGAGUCGGACGGACUCACUGUCUACGUCACUGCGGCUGCAGACAUUUUCCUCGGAUUAUGUGGCACGCAUUGAGAGUACCGCAAAGAUACAUGAGCUGGUCUACGCUGUGGCGCUGCGUUACGGAAAUGAUACACUGGCAGUGGAGCGUACCCUAACCUCUUCUCUCUCUGCAAUGUGCUCGGAGGAAGCUAUCAUACUGGAGCAAGUAGCUUUGCAUCAUCUGCGUCUGCGUCCUGGCACUCUGAGCGUCGCCUUCUUUAUCAACGUAUUGGAUCGCCUGCGCAGAGGAGCAUCUAGCGUGACGAGGGAAGGCAAUUCACUAUGGAUGCAAGCGGUGACAGUGUACUGGGAUGCGGUGGAGCACACGGCAUGCCGCUCCCUUCCAUCGUAUAGCGCGGACGUUAGCAAUGGGCAUGAACCGCUUGAACAGCACGAAAGAGACGUUUUAUCGGCGCUCCUUUUGCCGAUGAUGCGCCUAAGUAUGAUGACAAUGCGAAGAGACAUGGGAUGGGUGUGGUUAAAUCGCUGGGUAUCCUUGCACCACCCAGCGGAGCGAAAUCUUGAGUUUCGAAUGCUGAAUAUUCAGGCGAGAUCGGCGCUGCGUGAUAAACGUGCAUUGCAGAUGUGCAUAAAGCUCCUUCAAGACAAACAACAACAGCAACAACUGCAGCAAGGAGAACGGGUGCGAAAUGAGAAGACCCCUGUGGUAUCGUCGCCCCCAGCUUUGGAAUCAUUGCUAUGUGAAGUUGCUGUGGGGCAUGCUGACUGGCGAUUGGCUCUCGAAGGACUGCUCAAUGCCUUUGUCUUGAAUUCUGUGGAAACAGGCCAGGCGGCGCCGCUGCCACCCGGUGUGGUGGCAUCACUAAUGCGUAUCCUGUGCCGUGCUCCAAUCAACCUUUCCAAGACUGCACUACACCUGCGAAUGAGGCAAGGUGAUCAAUGGAGGCUGGAGGAUGCCAAUGGGCUUCUACUGUUGCUGGUGCGCCAGCGGCAUUGGCAGCGUGCCCUUCAGCACGUGGCGGAGAUGCUGCCAGUUUUGGAUGCUGCCGGAAGCGAUAACGUCGCUGCUGAUGGAAGGAAUUCAAUAAUGACUCAGUCAUAUUUUCUCCUCCACGGGCUCAGGGCGUGCGCCAAUGGUGGCUGUGCGGAGGAGGCAGCACUGCUGUACGACCGUCUCAAGGUUCUGCUAGGUGAGACGCACUCUGGUGGUGCGGCAGAGGCUGGUGCCUACGGUGGUGGGAGAAGUGUCGAAGAGUUACUCUUUACCGUGCACGACUCUGAUGGUGUUUCAAAACUGACGCAGGCGGGAGGGGAGGAUGAGCGGCUGCGUACUCUUGUGGGUCAUGCCCGUCAUUACUUCCUACGGGCAAUGACAAAGAAGAGUUUGACCACACAUGUGCGUCAGGAGUGA